AACGAAGUCGAAACUGUUUCGUGCACGUUGCCAUUGGGCCGUCCCCCUCACGCGGCCUAGUCUGCGCGUGUGAAGAGCACAGACAUUUUAGUUUGUGCGUCUCUGAGGUAAGAGGUAAAAGGCUGAUAGCAAUGUUUGAAACAUCAGCCACCACGUAGCAACAAAAUCUAAACUCCCUUCCACCACUCAUCAUCAUCCACGCGCCGCCUCCAUCCACCGUAGCAAUGGGUGCCACAGAACAUGAGGGAGAAAAAGAUGCAGAGAGGGGAGAUGGAGUUAGAGAUGUGGAGAAAGGGGAGAUGGGGUUUGAAGGAAAAGGCCGGAGUGACAACCACCACCUCCCACCGCAACAUCCGCCGCCGGCGACUCAAGAUUUCCACAUGGCAAGAAUGCAAAGGCUUAGUGCUACCAAUCCUCUCAGGCUUGUUAUGGACAAUGCCGUCAGAGUUGCCUCGCCUUCUCCUGCUUCACAGCAGCCUCGCCGUUCUCAUGCUCAGCAGCCUCGCUCCUCUCCUCCUCCUCCACUUUCUCAGCCGCCUUUCACAACUCCUUCACCGCCACCGCCGCCUCACCCUUCAUCCCCUCCGCCUCCAUCUUCUCAGCCACGUUCCAUCCCAACCGUUACGGUUGCCCCCCUACAACCUUCAGCAAUUACACUGAAUUCAAGAUCAUACACAAACAAGUUUUCACUGAUUCUGUUUCUUGUGCAUCUGAUUGGGGCAAUUGGGUUAGUGGGGUUUCUUGUAUAUAAGGGAGUUCAAGGCCUAUUAGAAGCAGGGGAAUCCAAGAUAAAAGAGGAAAGACUUUUGAAGUAUUUCCUUCCCCAAGUGGAAGCUGCAAGUUUUCUAAGCAUAACCCUUGCUGUCUUAUGGCAAAAGGGAUUCCGAAUGUGGCCUAAAUUCAUGGUCCAUUUCAUUCUUUGGAGCUCUUUUAUCCUCACAUUAGCAGCCGGGAUCCUCCUCAUUUGUUGCCAAAGACCGUCCACGGAUGGAUUAGGCGUCAUUUUCAUCUUCUUUGCAAUUGGGAACGGGCUGUAUUCUUGUUGGGUCACACCAAGAACAAGCUAUUUCUGUAAAAUAAUGAUCAAGGCUCUCGACCCGGUUCCUAAAUUUGGGGACCUGAAUGAGCCCACUUAUUGGAUGCUUGGAGCGGGGUUUGUUUGGAUGUCAUUUUGGGUUUUGGCCAUUGUAGGCGCCAUAAACUUCUACUUCCCCCCAUUGGUCAUCAUUGUAAUGGUAUUGAGCAUGGCUUGGAUCACUGAGGUGAUGAGGAAUGUGGUGAACUUGACGGUUAGUAGGGUUGUUUCCCUCUAUUACCUUAGGGGAAUGCAAUCGCGUACGAAGUUUUGUUUCCAAAGAGCUUUGUCUAACAAUCUUGGGAGCGCUUCCCUUGGUUCCGUGUUUGUACCUACUAUUGAGGCUCUUAGGGUCGUGGCACGCGGUUUGAAUUUGUUGGAGGGGGAAGACGAGUUCAUGUUUUGUUGUGCUCGUUGCGGACUCAAACUCAUGGACUCCAUUUUCAAGCGUGGCAAUGGUUGGGCGUACGUUCAGAUUGCUGCUUAUGGAAAAAGCUUUGUGAGAGCAUCGCAAGACACAUGGGAGCUAUUUCAGAGGCGGGAGAUGGAGGAGAUUGUGGAUUCUGACAUGACAAGUGCGAUUUGUUUCCUCACCGGAAUUUGCAGCGGCUCCAUCUGUGCCAUCGUGGUGGCUGCUUGGACGGCCGCCGUCUACCGCAACUUCACUGCCACCCUCUCCCUCUUGGCCGCCUACAUUGGGUACCUUUUGACAAGGAUUGCGAUGGCGGUGCCACAAGCUUGUGUGAGCUGUUACUACGUUUGUUAUGCGGAGAAUCCCGAGAGUCGGCUUUUUGACAAGACGAUCGAGGAUCGGAUAGGAAUGAUUAAACAAGGACGAGACUUGGUGGCGCCUACCCCCAGGGUUCCCGGCCGCUUUGCAAGGCAGUUCAGAUAGCAUGCAAUCAAUAUUGUUCUCAUCUCUUGCUCCAUUAACCCACCCAAUGUGUACAUAGCUUUGUUCAAUGGUGGGUGGGUGGAGAAGAUCAUCAUAAUGCAAUGUUUUUGAGUAAGGCAAAGAAUAAGCAUUGGAUGCUCUUCCUCCCCCUCAAUUUGUAUUUAGCAUCUGUGGAAUUACAAUAAUUGGUUAACCCUAUGCAUUUUGUUUUAGUUAGACUAGUUCUACUCUUAUUGUUGUUGUUAUUAUAAUUGUUCCUUACUAUUUAAUCACACACUGAUUCAUAUUCUUCUAUUUUUGGUGAUAUUAACUAGGUUCAGCUUAUGAAUGAUGUUCCUUU